GAGGAAGCGUUCACGUCGCACUGGUGGCUCUUGGGAGCGAUCAUUUGCACCAUUUUAUUUGCAUUCGGAGUGAUAGGAAAUGCGCUUACAAUUAUUAUUUUGGCUAAAAACAAAAGUCUGCGAUGUUCAUCAGCUUACUUCAUUUCAAGCCUUUCCGCUAGCAACUUGCUUGUGUGCUUGAUUUUGGUGCCGGUAAUGAUAUUUGACUUUUUAAAUCAGUCAAACUGGGCACUGAGUGAGGAAUUGUGCGCAGUUAGUUCACUAAUUGGAUACGGAAAUGGGCCCACAUCGAUCAUAAUGAUUGCACUGCUUUCUUUUGCAAGCUACGUAAAAAUAACUUGUUCAAAAGCUACAGCGUCUUCGAUCUUCCGACCGUUGUGGAUUUCCAUAAUGAUCACACUAGGCUGGAUCUGUGGUUAUGGUUUUACAGCGUUGGCCCUUUUCGGGAUUUGGGGAGAUAUCCACGUUGAUUCGACAACUGGCUACUGCAUCAACAAUGGCACUAUUGCUGGACAGAACAGUGAAGUGUUUGUUGCUAUUGUCAUAUUCAUGAUUGCGCUCCUGGUAAUUUCCUUCACAAGAGCUAAAUUUGGAAGAGGAGGCGAUGAAUUGGACUAUGCAAAAAUGAUUUUUACCAUUUUUUCUGUGUACGUUCUUUGUUAUCUCAUCCCGUCCAUUUUAUUGUGGGCUAAAAAAGAUUACAGAGCGACUGGAGGUCUCUACGUCACCUACCGCAUACCACCCUUAUUAUCAACCAUAAUCAACCCACUGAUUUACUAUAAAAUGAACUCCAAGUACAGAGCAGCGUACAAAAGCUUAAGAGGUUGCAAAGCCAUGGAAGAAGUGGAUUUUGAUAGAGAUGAGGGAAACUUGCCGAUUUAAUCAUUGUUUGGUGCAAAUUUUGAAAUCUGACAUAAUUUUGUGGUUUAUUAGCAAAACAUUUAAAAAGUUGUGUUUGUAAAUAAACGAAGAAGUACCAGACAAAUCUAUAGAAAUGUGCAUAUGAAAAAAUUCGACUAAAUCUUAAAAAUAAUUUUUAUACUUGCUUUUCCAGCCCUGCUAGUUUAGAAAUUCUUGUAAGAUACAGAAACUCUUCUUACU